UUAAUUUUAAUUGCCGAUUGAAAUAACUAAUAUCCUCCUCAUCAAUACGCUGUUUGUGAUGUUUUCGAGAUGCUAUAUAAAGCAUUUUUAUAUUAUUUAUUCUUACUCCCUUCUUGUAGUUGUAGUAUCGUGUGGUUGGUAAAAGAAUCAACACAUACACUAGACCAUUUUAUUUUGCCAUACUAGUCCCAUUUUUAUAUAUUCGUUGGUUUAUUGGGGUCAAUAUUGAUAAUAUCUAAAAUAAAACAAUUACUUAAAAAGAAAGGGGUUUAAUUUUUUUGUUUUGUUGUGACUGGAUCGGGCCGGGGUUGGCUCGGCCCAAUAUGAAAACUUAGCGUAAAAACCCAAACGCCGAAUUCGGUAGCUCUCAGUCCACAAUAAUAUUUGUGGAGAUAGACCGUUUAGACCCAAACUGUUCAAUGAGACUCAAUCCAGCCCAGCCCAGCCCAGCCCAAUGAAACGAAUACCAACUAAAUUUGAAAAGAAAAAAAAAAAAAAACAACCGAUGAAUGCCUUCAGGCUUCAACCCCCCAACUGUAAAAUCGCCCUAAAACCCUGAACAGAAGGCCUUUCUUCCUAGCGCCAAUCCUCCCGCUUCCCUGCUCCGUUGCCGCCACUCCACUAAGCAAUCGCCGCCGCGACGCCGUUAAUCUCUUCCUCCGUCUCAUCCUCUCAGGUUAGCCGUUAGCGCUUCUUUCUUCCUAACUGGAGCACUCGUCAAGCGAGAGCUGUGGCUCCUCUUCUCCGGGUUUUUUUUUUUUUGAGAAUCCUCGUUGAAUAAAGCUUGGUUUCUUUCAUUUGUAGUAUUUCUGAGAGAGAAGCAAGGAGAAAAUGGUGUCGACCAAUAUUAGGGACCUGCUGACGGCGUUCAGUCCUUCGUUGGAUUACUUCGCUAUCAGCUCCGGCGACGGACGAGUGAAGAUUUGGGACACUCUCAAGGGCCAGGUGCAAACGGAGUUUGCAGACAUAGCUUCGACUGAUGUCAGUCUGCUCUCCAAGGCGGAGAGAGGGCACCUCUCGGUAGAUUAUACGUGCAUGAAAUGGAUCACCCUAGACAGAAAGAAGAAAAGGAAGCUAGGGAGUUCGUUGUUAGUUUUAGGAACUGGCAGCGGGGAUGUCUUGGCGCUUGAUGUGGCUGCUGGUCAACCCAAAUGGAUAGUUAGCGACUGCCAUCCCGGGGGUGCAACUUCAAUUUCAUUUUCUGCUAGCGAAUCAAGCGUUUACACUGCAGGCGCUGAUGGAAUGGUUUGCAAGAUUGAUCCACAAACUGGAAAUCUGUUAGGAAAGUUCAAAGCUUCAAGCAAAGCAAUAUCCUCUAUGUGUGUUUCUCCAGAUGGGAAGAUACUGGCAACUGCUGCUUCGCAGUUGAAAACUUUCAAUUGCUCUGAUCACAGGAAGAUACAGAAAUUUUCUGGUCAUCCAGGAUCUGUGCGGUGUAUGAUUUUUACUGAUGAUGGAAAAUACAUUCUCUCUGCUAGUGGUGAAAGAUAUGUUGCACUCUGGAGAACUGGCAGUGGCAAAAAACAGUCGGUCUGUGUUUUUGCAAUGGAGCAUCCUGCAGUUUACCUACAUGCUAAGUGUUUUGAGAAAGGCGAAGCGGAUGACAAUGAUGGGCUUUAUGUUUUGGCAAUCUCAGAGACUGGCAUUUGUUACACAUGGUGUGGGCAGAAUGUUGAGGAACUACGGACUGCCAAGCCCACAAAGGUCUCACUAUCCUAUGAUGAUAAAAAGCACAGGGGUGCACUGCCUGCAAUAUUUGCAGCACAAUUACAAGUCAUCCCCAAACCUACAUCUGCAAAUGUGUAUCUUGCCUAUGGUCUGCUGGUGAAGCCUUCAUUUCAGAAAGUAUUAGUUGAAGCUGGCAAUGAUGUCGAGUUAAGUAGUUUUCAGGAUGGAGUUCUCUUUCCCGCUAGCCAGUCCAUCAAAUCUAAGAAAGGGAUGGAUCGAGUAACUGCUUUGGACCGUGCAAAUGUGGAGGAUGCACUUCUUCCUGUGCCAAAAGUAUCAGAUGUUCAUGUUGAUUUGGACAGCCGAAGCCAAGCGGAGUCUUUAGAGUUUAAAGAUGACAUGGUAGAUGUUGAGACUCCAACAACUAGCAUGGAGACACGAUUGAGACAAUUGAGAAUACUACCGAACGAUGGUGACAUCAUCAAACCUGUAAUAGAGUCUCUAACUUCUAAGGGAAUCCAGCUCGAAGAUAACUUCCCCCAAAAGAAGAUCAGGGCUUCCGUUUUGUCUAUGGAACCAAGCAAUGCUUACAAAUUACUGGAGACCUUGGUGUCCAUAUGGCAGUCCAGAUCACAUAGUGGAAAGUCAGUGCUGGCAUGGAUAUCCUGGAUAUUGGUCAUUCAUGGUCAUUACAUUGUGGCUCAAGAAAAAUCUGAGAAAACCCAAUUGCUUAGCACCUUGCUGAAGACUACCAAAUCCAGAGAGGUUGCUGUGCAACCUUUAUUGCAGUUAUCAGGCCGAUUGCAGCUUGUGACAGCACAGUUCGACAAGGACUCCCUGAAGAAUAACCAUGUUGCAUCACCGGACGACCAAGUGGAAGAUGAAGAUGAUGACGAUGACGAGGAUGUUGAUGAGCGUAUAUAUGGCCAGGAAGACGAUGAAUCGGAUUUAAGCAGUGAUGAUGAAAAGUAGGAGCUUAUCAACCCAUUGACUGACUGUUCAUCAAGCAAUGGAUCAAUGAUGGUGGUGAAUGAAUGGGUGAUCUAUCAUUCCAUAUAUUGCCCGCCCUAGUCGAUUCAGGUAACAGUUUUCGACCUGAGCUCUGCCUGCCUGCUACCCUUUGGAAACAAACACACGGCCAGCUCGGGAUUGGUUUCGGUUCCGGCAACGACCCUCCGCCAUACUCUUCUGCUUUCCCGACGGAGCAGGUUUUUGUACUAUUUACCUUGACUUUGCUCGUGUUCCUUUUCUAGAGAGAGUAGUGUGUGUAAAGGCGCCAAAAUGAUUCUGACUUUUACUAACGGCUACCUUGAGCUAAAACUUAUCCCCGUUCUACAUGAUUGGGAAGCCAUUAUUUUGGUAAAAGGUUACAUCUUUACUACUUGUUUUCUAAGUUAGGGACUAUAGUUAGUAAAAUACGGUACGGGAAAGUUACGUAUAAAAUACGUACGGGUAUUUUACUUCGUUUCUAUGCUAAUGUUACGUUUAAUAGUACGUUAAUUGUCAUAAAUAUAUAAAAUUUAUUAUUUUUAAAAUUUUAAAAAUAUAUAAAUAAUGGUAAAGUUCGUAAUUUGAUUCAUUAAAUACGGAUAUUAAAC